UGCCUCUGAACAUGAACGUUGUGAUCUCUGAGUUUAGUUUCGUUUCUCUCCUCCUCGCAGGUUUAAGUUUCGUGUCCGCCUCUUUAUAAUCAGCUGUCGGUGCCGUGGACUCCGUGACAACAUGUUCUCGUGGGGAGAGGACAGCCAGCGGGGCUUUCGGCUCAGACACGGCGCACUGCUCGGUGAUGGAGCUGAUGGAGCUGAUGGAGCUGACGGGGUUCAUUACUCAGACCUCGGGUAUGACAUCUCGGACCUGGCGGCAGGUCGCAGUGUGCUCGCCUUCGUUAAAACCAACGGAAACUCGUUCAUCAUCCGAACCAACCAGAGAGAGGACGGGACGAGGGUCCGAGGGAAGCAGAAGUUUGUGAAGUCUAAAGAGAAGAUCCAGGCCGUGAGCUGUGGCGAUGAUACGGUCACGCUGCUGUCUGAGAGAGGCUCCGUCCUCCACGUGGACGCUCACACUUACACUCCUCGGCCUCGGCAGUUCUUCAGUGACAUACCGGUGUCUCGGGUCGCUUGUGGGAGUCAGCACUCAGUCGCCCUGACCAAAGAUGGUCAGGUGUACACGUGGGGUCAGGACUCCAGAGGUCAGCUGGGUCUCGGGAAGAGGAAGCUCGGCGCCAGCUCACCCCAACACGUCCGGACUGUGUCCGCGAUCCCCCUGGUCCAGAUCGCUGCAGGGGCAGAGCAGAGCUUCGCCCUGUCUGUCUCUGGAAGUGUCUUCAGCUGGGGCAGAAAUGACUGUGGGCAGCUCGGAGUGGGCGACAGGAAGGACCGACACACACCAACUUCUGUUUGUUCUCUGAACAUGAAGAAAAGUGUUCACGUCUCCUGUGGAGAGGAACACACUGCUGUUUUGACAAAGACUGGUGUGGUGUUCACAUUCGGCUCUGGUCAGCAUGGACAGCUCGGACACAACUCGUUCAGCGAUGAACUACGACCUCGGCUCGUUGCGGAGCUCUGGGGGGCAAAAGUGAGCAAGAUUGCGUGUGGACGACAUCACACGGUAGUGUUGACAGACAACAAGAAGGUCUACUCGUUUGGGCGUAGGGAGCGAGGCCAGCUGGGACGUGGAGAGGAGAGUCAUCCAUCUGUGCCACUACCUGUUCAACUGCCACAAGACACUGCUGAUCAUCUUCAAGUUCGGAACGUCUUUGCUGGAGGAAACUGCUCGUUUGCAACCUGCGCGUCUAACGAGGGAGUCCACGAGGCGCCUGACAUCUUUGACAAUGCAGCGCAGAGUCGUCUUGAAGGUGUGAUUGACAGAUGGAUCUCUGAAUGUGACUCGAAGUCUUGGAAAAAGAUAAAGCAGGAAGUUCACAGGGCAUUUUCGUCUGCAUCCUAUUUGAAUAACAGCUUCCUCGAGCAAAGCCAAGAGAAACAUUUCCAGACGUCGCCAAAGUACUCCGGCUUGAACUUGUCACGCGCACGACAAGCUUUCAAGAAACUAGUGAAAAAGGACAAAGUGUUGGCAGAGGUGGAGGCUGCUGUCCUGCACUUGCUUCGUUCCACUGAUAAGAAGCCUUUGGGGGUGGAGGGGUUGAGGAUGUACCUGCUUCUCAUUGAGCUCCUGCACUCGAUCCAGAGACACAAACGGCAACAGACGAGCACAAAGCUGGCCCAGGCAGUCGCUGCUGCCGUGCUGAGCUUGUCCCCUGACAGCCUCCAGGUCAUAGGGGACUGGUGGUCCUCACUGUCGCCGUCCACCAUGAAGAAACACGUGAAGGUGUGGAAGCAGGCCCUCUCAGAGAUCCUGUCCUUUCAGCCCGUUCCUCGCAACUCUGGAGUCAGAAACCUGCUCCAAGUCCUCCAGUAUAUGUACAACGCCAACGGCAGGAUUGCAGAAUCUCGGAGGAUGGCAGACAGCGAUUUUUAUUUGAUGAUUGACCGAGGCUUUCUUCGUGGCGAUCUGCAGCUUUGGCGUUCACAGUCAAGACGCAAGAGUAAGGAGGCUGGGUCACUUAUCCUCUGUAGCUUUCCGUUUGUGAUGGAUGUGCAGUCAAAGAAAAUGGCUUUCGACAUGAACGCUGAGUACUCCAAGGUAACUGAAGUCUUCAACAGUACCUUUGAGUCACUCUUGGAAUGUUACUUCCCACUGCCUGAAGACCUGUUCUUUGAACUGCACCUGAGGCGAACAUCGGUUUUGGAAGAUACCUUUGAACAACUGGCCUAUGACGGUCAAUCCAGGAUGCCACUUGCGGUUUAUUUUGAUGGAAACCCAGAAAUCGAUGACCACCUAAACCUCUAUAAAAAAGACUUUUUUUACGAAGUGUUUCACGAGAUGGUGUCACCUGAAUCUGGGAUGUUCAUGUUCAACGACUCUGAAACGCUGGCAUGGUUCCCCUCCAGAGCAACACAGGAGGACCAGAGGUACUUCCAUUUUGGGUUUCUGUGUGGAUUGGCUUUAUACAACGGCUGCAUCAUACACUUACCAUUCCCACUGGCUCUGUUCAAGAAGCUGCUCGGUGUAAAGCCGUCACUGGAGGAUUUAAUAGAAUUCAGCCCAUGUGUUGGAAAGAGUCUACAGUACGUCCUAGAAGAUGAUCACCCAGAAAACCUGGGCAUGGAUUUCUCAAUCCUCUGGGAUGGGACAGAGGUUGAGCUUGAUCCUGAAGAUCCAGAAAAGCUGGUGACGAGUCAAAAUAAGAAAGAGUUUGUGGACGCCUACGUGAAUCACGCCUUCAACAUAUCAGUGAGGAGUGUGUUUCAGGAGUUCAAGCGAGGCUUUUUCCAGCUGUGUGACAGAGAUCUGGUGAAGCUUUUUCAUCCCAACGAGCUUCACGAAGUGUUGGUGGGCAAAGACUACAAUGACUGGGCAAAGCUGAAACAGAACACAAGUUAUGAGGGGGACUUCCAUGCUGGCCACCCAACCAUACAGAUGUUCUGGGAGGUUUUUGAUGAACUAAAUGAGGCUCAGAAGAAAGCUUUUCUUUGGUUCGUGACAGGUUUUGAAAGGGAGCCUAUUCUCGGCAUGCAAACGAUCGAGAUGAAAAUCAAAGCUGCACGAGUCGAGGACCACCUCGCCAACGACCAGUACUACCCCGAGUCACAUACGUGUUUCUCAGCCCUGGAGCUGCCCUUAUAUUCAACCAAGGAGAUCAUGCACAGCAAGCUGACGGAGGCCCUGAGCAACAAGAGGAUCUACAGGUGAUGGAGGGACUGUGCAGCGACGAUGCACUGAACCUGUCCCGAACAGAGGACUUUACUUUGCACUUUGUAAAUGUGUUUGUGGCUGCGGCUAGUGUGGAAGUUCAAACUGGAUACACUGUACAUACUUUUCAGGGAAGUUCUUUAAUUGUAUUUCCUUUCAUUACUUCUCAUUUGAGUGUAAUGCACACAGAAAAUAAAUGUAAACAUCAGAGCAGA